UGCGUUGAAAUAAACAAUGUUGAGUGCAUUGUAGGAGUAACUUGUGUCUCCAGCUGCUGCUGGAGACUGUUGGCCAAAAAAGGUGUAUCACUGUGGUCAUCAGGUACAAGAACAUCCUGUGAAACUUCUGUUUGCAGAGGUGUAUGCAGAGGACUAUUUGCCAAAACAGACGUUUCGCGGCCAACAACUCCAGCCACAUCUGGUGUAGCCUCUGCAGUAGGCAAUGGUGAUUGAGAAUGUGUAGGCACAGGUGUAGAGACCGGUUCGAGGGAGCUGUCACCAUGUUCUGGGAGAGACAAUGGUUGGGACACAGGGGUAGAUGCUCUGCGGAAACAAGGCUCUAAUUUCCAUGCUGUUUGGAACUCAACCUGCUCCCAUUUUGCAUCAAUAGCUUGAAGCUUAGCCUCUUCGUCAUGAAGCACAAACCACCAGCACAUCUUUCCAUUCGACAAUUCUUUAGUUUUCCUCUUGACUCGUACAGAAUCAAUGCCACACAGCUUUUUUAUAGUGUUAUGUAUAGCGCUGGCAGUACACAUACUAAAAGUACCCCACACUCUACGAGCACCUUCGACCUUUUCUUUUUUUGUGGCGUGGCUCAGAAGACCUGGAACUAUGUGCUGAGGUAUCAUUGGAGUGUAACCUUCUUCUACCAACAAUCACCCUACCACCUCUUCCCCUUCUCCCCAUACCCAUACCCCUAGCAUGAAUAUUAAAACCCAAAACUGGCUCACCAUUAGGAAGAUUGGACUCGACCGGGACAGACUUUUGUGACAUAUUAUUCUGCUGCAUUGAGACGGAGUUUCUCAGCUCACUAAUGACAGCUUUCAUCUCGCACACUUCCGAUUGCAACGUUGUGACUACCAGUUUAAGACUUAAGAAAGCAGGAGGGAUUAACACAAACAACAAUACUGAAACGGUACACUCCGCACCAAGACACUCUGUUUGUAGAGGCCCAUUCAGUUGGAAUGAGUCUUGCAACGCAUUUUUGGUGAGCAGCGCAAGUAUUAAAGUGCGACGCUCUACGUGUUACACGAGCAUGCGUGCUAAUUUUCAAGUGGCAGAGAAGUUGAUUCCAUAAUUGCAGGGGGCGAUGCACACAACCUGAUUGGCUCGAUUCGCUCAUUGUGCAAACAGGAAGGAGUCUCCAAGCGGGAGAACGGGAGAACGUACUAUUUUUAACUGGUUAUAUCCUCUUAAAGGAUACUUGACAGCUCUGAUAUGGGCUAUGACUAUCCAAAAAUAUGUUGUUUUUUUCGUUGUGCUAGCAGCAUUAUACUGUUACGUUUAUCUCACUCAUCAUUUUAUGGAAUAUGUCUCCACAGAGCCUGGUGCAGCAACCCAAACUAUAAUACCUGCUGGUGACUCUUUGGAUGUCCUAGAUAAGAGGCUGAACAAAGAUGACGCCGUUAACAUUGUUCGACAAUUACUUGAUGUGCAAAUCAAAGCAAAAACUUUAGGUCGGUUAUUAGAAUUACCAAGAUCCAUUAUAGACGUAACUCCUCAGCUGACCGGUGAUCCUCAGGCUCCUCUUUUCUAUAUCAUUGAUGAGUUUCUGAAACAAGUUGAUCCCAGACCAACAUGGAGGCUGAUCCUGAAUGCCCUCAGAGAUCCGCUAAUUGGGGAACAUAGCCUGGCUCAAGAGAUAGAAGUGUCUCUAACAAAGGACAUGACUUCUCCCCUUCUUCCUGCAACUUCUCUUUCCCAGUCCUCAUUUCCUACUUCAGUCUCCCACUCCACUUCCCCUACUGAUGUGCUCCAAUCCACUACUGCUGCUGCUGCUGCACCCCUUCCAGCAUUAACUGCAGACUCCCAGUCAUUAUCAGUUUCACAGUCUAUCUCGACCGUUUCAGUCUCCAGGUCUAAGUUACCAGGAACAGGCUCUAGAUCUCCUGGAGAUUCCACUCAAUGGACAAAGAGACACUCUCGCCCCACUCAUCAAGCCGUGAGACAUAGAUCCCAGGAAAUGGCUAAACCUGCUCAGACUCAUUUUAGAGCUCUCAGUCCUGCCUCCACUAGUGUGGUCCAUAAGUCAAGGUCACGGGGACCAAGUUCUGGGUCUCUUACAAAGAAAGUUCAUUACUCAAUAAAGGGGACUGCCUCCCAGAAGUUAACAGCAGUUGUGGCAAAGCCUCAACCAAGUGGACAUCGUUCUCAAGAAAAAGCAACCUUAGGUGCUGUUGGUGGUCACUCUUCUAUGGCUGAAACACAGCAUAGCACUAAACAUAAAAACACCAGUGGACAGCAGAGCUCCAGUGUAGUAUCUAGAACUACACAUGGCAUCAAAGCUGUUAGUGCAUCAAGAACACGGGAAAGUGGAGGCUCUGCAGUUUAUUCCUCAUCUUUACCCACUGCAGUCGCUCCCACUGCAUCAGACAUGCCACUGUCUGUGACUUACAGUUGUGAUAUGGCUGAAGUACAAAGUAAUAUGCAAAGGCUUCAUGCGAGGUUUGAGGAUUUGCAGAAUGCAGUUAUAAUGUCAUUGGUUCGAAAUGGAGUUCCAGUUUCACAUUUUGUUCGUGAACUUUCAAUGCUCGAGCAUCAAAUGUAGUCGAACAUGAAAACUACUUUUCUGAAGACGUUAGGGAAUUUGGCAAAUGUGUGAAGUACCGUCCCUUAUUCUCUCAUCUCAGUCCUCACUGCCACUUUCUCUCACCUCAUUUGCUCUAUCAUCUCAUUCGAAAGUUUCUAAAGGCUUUUAAAGAAAUGGUGUCUUAUAACACACAUCUUAGCCAAUUUAGGAAUGAGACUCUCUUGGGGUUGUUUGCUCAGAUAAAGCAUCUACGUACUCCACUGCCAGAAGGUUUCUCCAGUAUCCUGGUACAUUUUAAAGGUGACGUUUCGAAAGAUAUGACAUUAGGCAACGUAGAUGUUUUCAGGAAAAAGUACUUGAAACAUCACAAGCUGUGUGAUUAUACACUCAUGCUAGUAACCAAUGAUAUGAUGCUGCCAUCAAGUGCUUCAUUUUCAGUUCCCAAUUCUGUCACUGAGAGACUGAAAAAUGACAUUCCUAUUCAACUUUUGAAAGAAUUUGGUGUCAUUCAGUUUGAAAUCGCUGGAACUCCAAUGUACGGUGAGGCUGGGGUGACUGUCUCAGGAGUACCUCCUUCAGCCAACGAUCAUCUUAUUAUUGCUGUACCCCUAACUCCAGGGGUCAGUGUCUCCAAGGCAGUAGUAGAGACUGAGCAAAGUCAGUUAGAAUCCACUCAGGUUCCUCCCAGUGUUCCUCAAGAAUGUGAAACUGCUACUAAUACUGCAAGACCAAACGAGCCUGCUGGUGAAUCUCCAGCUCCUAACACAGCCUGUACACUGACAAUUGACAAUACUCAAGAUGUUUUUGAGAGGAUGUAUGAAGCACGAGAGAAGUGGCGUAACAUUGGGGGAGUCUUCCGUCUUUCUGAGUCAACUCUGGAUAAUAUUGAUUCCGAGAACAGAAACAAUGACGACAAGCUACGUAAGGUCAUCAUUGAAUGGCUCAAUAGAUAUGGAGGAACUGGAGAUUGCACUUGGACCCAUGUGGCCAUGGCACUGAGAAAUAAAACUGUGGCUCGAGAAGAUGUUGCUCGUGAGGUGUUAGAGCAGCAUCCCCAGCCAUGGAGUGUUCCUCCUCCCUCCCUUCCUCCUCCACACACUUCCCCUGACUCAGGAUCUGGCGCUACUGCAGUUACGCUGCAACCAAGUACCUCCCACCCCCUAGCAGCUUCAGUUGCAUCUACCUUUCCAGUUGUUUCAAUGAGUUCGAUGUCUGAAAUGCAAAAGAAAAUUUUGCAGCGUAAGAUAAACAAAGACAGUGAACUUCUUAUGGACGAGUAUGCAUCUUUACGCUCGCGUACUGAACACUAUCUUCAUCUAAUCAACUGUAAUGUUGAGAAGUUAGUUGUGUGUGUAAUGGAUGUUCGACAUGUAAAACGUCUCUCAAAGGUAUCUCCUCUCAUUAAGCUUGAAAAUUCCACUACCAUAAGUGGCGUGUUCCUUGAGCUGAUCAAGAAUAACUUAAUGACAUUUCUCCAGUUUUCAAUUUUAAGGCGAAUAAUUUGUGACCUCUGCUUUGGGUCAAGAGACCUUCAAAAGAAACUGAAGGCCUAUGAAGAAAAAUACAAUAAGUACAUCAUGAGACGUGUGUGUGAAACUCACAUGUACCAUGAAGGGAGAUUCGAGGCAUUUACUGGCAGUGACACAGAAGAAAAGGUAGAGCUACUCAUAAUCACUGACGAGAACUGGAACGAUGACACAGAGUUUCUAAGACUAGUAGACCUUGAAGCAAUUGUAGCCGAAAUUUUCCACAUUGAUAACUUCAGUCUUCAACGUGAGAGCAUUGAGCCUCAUUGCCUGAGAUUGCGUUAUGCCAUAUCCAUCCUCAUUGCCCAAACUGUGUUUCCAUUGACUCACGAGGAGUGGCAAAAGCUUUCUGGAAAAGGCAUUAUAAAGAUGCAAUGUCUCGAAUAUUUCUACACCACUGAAGAUAAAGGUAGUCUUGUCCAGUGGGUUUCCAAGGCAGACAUGACAAUGUCAUCUAAAGAUCACCUCAUUCAGUUUGGUGAGGGUCUUGGUAUGGAGGUAGGGGAAUUGGAGAAGUUGUGGGAUAAAGUCCUCGGACGAUACCACAGAGCUGUGCAGAGCCUUGUGGUGGGCAUUCUGCAGGAGUCUCAGUAUGCAGUGGAGAAACUAGUUCAUGCUAUUUCCCACAUGAGGACCCCAGAGAGUGCCAACACUGCAGCACUAGCUGUCCAAAAAGUGGUUUUGAUGGUGGAAUGCCUCACUGUACUGUUUAAAGACGUGGAGGAUAUUCUUCUACUUGGACAGCUGCUACGGAUGCCAGAAGAAACUCUGGCUGCUAUUGACAGCUACUAUGAAGAAGAUUGUCAUAAGAUGAGCCACAUGUUAUCACUGUGGCUGAUGGAGGAUCACGAGGAUCCAGUAACUCCUCUCAGAGAUGCCCUCAAUUCUCUGGGGAAAGAAGAAGUCUCUCAGACUCUUGUGCUGUUGACAUCCCUUGAGGAUGUCACAAACACAUUGUCCGCCAGUGUUGAUAUAAAAGCAGAUGACUUUCCUUGGAAAGGUCAUCUCGUGACUCUGUCCAAUCUGAUGCGAGUAUUCAAGAAUGUCAUAUACCUAGACAGGGUAUCUAAUGCCUUCGGCAUGUCUCCUGAAGCAAUGGGUGGUGAUGAGGAAGAAAGACUUGGAAUGGUUUCCAACUUCUUCCUGGAGAAAAAGCUGACGUGGAAGCACCUGAGAAAGUUGCUGAUCAGACAUAAUGAGAUGCAAGCAGGAAAGUUUGUUGACCUGAUGGAACAGUAUGUUCGUGAAGAUGCUCCUCUGACGGCUGUCUUGGCUCACGAAGUAUUGAAGAAAGUUGAAAAUUUUAGGCAAUUUUGCAAGCACCUAUGCAUUGCCAGAAGGGAAACUGUUAUAGAAACUAUACAGUUCUAUGUAGAAGAGCCAUACUUUGAAGCGUCUUGGAAAAAGAUAGCUCUGGGUCUAUAUCACUCAUUUGAAGACAGAUCCAUUGACUCCCUAUUUCACUACAUGAAGUCUCCUCCUGAAGUGACUCUGACAGUGGCUAAUGUGAAGAACUGUUUGGAGGACUCAGUUCCCAGACACAUGUUCCCCACUCUGGAGAGGGAGCUGGGAGUCCCACCUCGAGACACAAGAGAAGACAGCCACCCUCUCACGGGAAUGAAACUUUGGCUACUCUCUAACCCAACUGCCUCCUGGCAGAAAUUUGCCAUAGCUCUUUACUCCUCCACUCUAGAUGGGGCACUGCGGAGGUUGAAGGAACUGAAACUACUCUCUAAUCCAGAUGCAAGUUUUACAAUGGCCAAUGUCCUGUCAAUGACAGAAGGUGUACAGGAUCAUGAGGGUCUCGGGGUGCUGCUGGGAAUUCGUGACCCACAAACCAAGUUUCACAAAAUUAGACAGUUACAUAAGAGCAUAAAAAAGCAAAAGGAAGCCAUUGUUCACCUGUGGUACACAACACAUCCUCUUGCAUCGUGGAGUCUACUGCAUCAGGCCCUCAAUAUGAUAGGAGACAUCAAAGCAGCCAAGACUGUACAAGAGAAGUUCCUAGGAGGUUCUGAGCGAGAGGCAGAGCUAAACAUGAUGCAGAUUGUAUUCACUGGAAUCCCUCGUUCUGGGAAGAGCUCGUUUUGGAAACGCUUGCAGGGCAUUAUUCCAGAGAGACUUCUUCCAAGUACUGACAUCACCAGUUCUGAAGGAAGUGUGAGACUGGACAUUAGGGGAAGCUGUGGCUUUGUUCUGCACGUCUCAGAACUUGCCUGGAGGAGGAUUCAAGCCGAGGAGGAAAUGGAGGGAUUUGUUGCAUUGGUAACUCAGCACGGACAUCUCUUCAUACAAGAAUCACCUCAAGAUUUCUCUAGCACCGCAGUACCUGAACAGCAGGGAAAAAAACCAGCUUCACCCAAACCAGACGCGCAGCCGGUUCUUCAGCAGAGUAAAUUGGCUCAGGUGAAAAAUGAAGCUGUAGAGCAGUCUAUUACCACAGGCACUGACUCAGUCUUGCCAAACACAGAAGGACAGCAACCUACGCAGCAGAGCGAGCAAGAUCAGCCACAAAAAUAUGUGCCAGCUUCCACACACAUUGAAGAGUCUAGCAACGUAGAGGGGCAGUUACCCUCAGCCUCCAAUGUAAUGAAUAAGGCAUUAAUCAGUAUGAAACAAACACAACUCAGCAGGAAGAUAGACAGUGCCUCGUAUGUACUGUGCAGAGACACAGGAGGCCAGCCCGAGUACCAGGAGCUGUUGGCUCUACUGAUUGCAGAGAGCAACGCAGUCUACAUCAUCUUCAAUCUGGUGCACGACCUUCACUCCAUUCAGCCUCUGGAGUACCUCCCAUCUAUUUAUGGUGAUCCGAUCACAUACGAAUCACCACAUUCUGUAGGUGAGAUGCUGUGUCAGUCUCUGAUAAGUGUGCCAGUUCACAGUUCUGGUGUACGGGGCUCCAAGAAAGACUCACAGGACGUGUCUGGAGAUAGAGAGUUCCAGAAUCGUUCGUGUGUUUUCUUCAUUGGCACACACAAGGACCAGGUGUCCCCUCAGAGAAUAGAGGCCAUCAACAGAGACCUGACUGAACUGAUCCGACACACUCCACAGUAUAAAGCCAACAUUGUCCAGUGUUGCAGUGCUGACAGCAUCGUCUUUGCUGUGGACCGAGUUGUGAUCUGGAAGCUACUGGGUUCCACUACGCCACCUUAGUGGCUGAGGACAGACUUGAAUGUUCUCAUACGAAACAGAAUGUGGUUGUUGCUUCACACCUGAAAAAGUGGGUUUUGGAAGGAAAGGCUGCUUUGUUGAGAGCUGCUGAGAUUGGGAAUAGUGAUGUUGUCAAGAGAGAGCUCACUGGUCACACCGAUGUUAAUUCUCAAGAUGAGGAUGGAACAACUGCCAUUUUCUAUGCUGCAUGGAAUGGUCACAUUGAUAUUGUGCGUCUUCUGAUAGAGGCAAAUGCUGACCUAAACCUACAAGAUAAGGAUGGUUUUACUCCACUCUAUGGUGCCUGUGAAGGUGGACACAAGCUGAUAGUUGACAUUCUGUUGGAGAAUGGAGCCAAUGUUAAUCUCACCACGACAGUUGAUCCUCUCUCAUCUCCUCUGGGGAGAGCUGCUGAAAAAGGUCACACAGAGAUUGUGGAGAAACUGAUAUCAGCUGGAGCUGUCAUCAACUACCAGAACAAGGAUGGUUGUACUCCACUCUAUAUGGCCUGUCAGAAUGGACACAAGCACACAGUUGAUGUUCUGUUGAAGAGUGGAGCAAAUGCUAAUCUGACCGAGACCGUUGAUCCUCGUCUCAUCUCCUCUGGGGAAAACUGCUCAAGAAGGUCACACAGAGAUUGUGGGAGAAACUGAUAUCAGCUGGAGCUGUCAUCAACUACCAGAACA